AAGGAGAAAGAUGAAACUACUGUACAAUCUGCAUGUUUUGCUAAUUGUCAUCUUUCUAAGUCCAGCCUAUCAUGGAGAUGAAAUUAUUGGAGGUCAUGAUGCUGUACCUCAUUCAAGACCCUAUAUGGCAUCCCUCCAAAGGUUUAAGUGGUGGAAACAGCAGUAUGUACAUGAUUGUGGAGGGGUUUUGAUCAACCGUAAAUGGGUUCUAACUGCAGCUCACUGUGAAAUAAAAGAUGGCAUCAUUGCUGGAAAACGGAAGCUUCGAGUGGUUCUUGGUGCACAUUCUCUUUCGGGAAAGGAGUCGAGUAAACAAAUAUUUCAUAUCAAGAGACAGAUUCCCCAUCCAGAAUUCAGUGGUAAUACUAUGGAAAAUGACAUCAUGCUGCUGGAAUCCAGGACAGGUGGUCCUUUGCUUUGCAAUGGAAAGUACGUCGGGAUUGUAUCCUUUGGCAAAGGAUGUGCAGAUCCCAAAAAGCCUGGAGUUUACACUUUUGUUUCUAAAUACCUUUGUUGGAUUUGGAAAACCAUUGCCAUGCAGGCUUACAAUAUGACCAAUGAAAAGCUGUAUUGAGUAAUCAGCGUGCUAAUUCACUUUGCUUU